UUGAAUUGAACCAAAGUUUUUUUUCCUUUCCAAUUUCGACCAUUUGUUUUCUAUGGAUAAUAAUUGAAUGAUCUAAAUAAACAAUUCGAUAAUCACCAAUUCAAAUGUUGCCUAUAUACUCUUCGAAUGAUAGUAAAUUUAAAAAUUUAACUUUCUAUCGAAUCAAAGAAAAAGUUCAAGGAUGGCUCAGGCUAAUCUUUUCAGAUAGAAAUUCACGAAAUUUGUUGCUCUUUUUAUUGCUGAAUUUUUCGUUUGCAUUCGUCGAAUUAUUCUAUGGAAUAUGGACCAAUAGUCUGGGAUUAAUAUCUGAUUCGUUUCACAUGUUUUUUGACUGUACGGCAUUAGUUGCCGGCCUUAUAGCAUCAAUAGUUACCAAAUGGCGAGCCAAUCAAGCAUUCACGUAUGGUUAUGUACGUGCUGAAAUUCUUGCUGGUUUCGUCAAUGGUUUAUUCCUAGUGUUUGUUGCCUUUUUUAUAUUUGCCGAAGCUAUUGAACGUGCGAUCGAACCGCCAGAAGUGAAACAUGAACGUCUAUUUAUUAUAUCCAUACUCGGAUUGUUCGUCAACAUAAUCGGUAUAUUUGUGUUUCAACACGGUGGAUCUCAUCAUGGUCAUUCCCACGGUGGUGGUGGUCAUGGACAUUCACAUUCAUCACAUGAUCAUCACGAGCAUCAUCAUCAUCAUCAACAGCCAGAAAUGACCAACAUGAUGAAUAGUGAUCCAUACAAUUUUGUCACUGUUAAUGGUCAUCAUCAUUCGGCUAAAAGUGUUGGUUACAAUGAUCCAUAUCAGCCUUAUCAAUCGUCAAAUCACAAUCAUAGUCAUGACACUGGUGGUGUUGUUGCAAGUAGUGAUCAUCAUUCUCAUUCACAUUCACAUGGUGGACCUACUAAUCAGAUUCUAAAGGGCGUCUUUCUACACAUUGUUGCCGAUACACUGGGUAGUGUUGGUGUCAUUAUAUCAGCAUUACUGAUGUCACAAUUUGGUUGGAUGAUUGCUGAUCCACUUUGUUCAAUGUUUAUAUCAUUAUUGAUUGUGAUCAGUGUUUAUCCAUUGCUUACCGAAUCUGGAGCCAUUCUUAUGCAACGACAGCCACGUGAAUUGGAUACGAUACUCCCGAAUUGUUAUCGACGGGUGACUCAAUUGAAUGGCGUGACAAACAUUCAGGAGGCACAUUUUUGGACACUAUGUUCGGGUCAAUAUGUAGGAGCAUUGAAAGUGGAAAUGCGAUCCAAUGGUAAUGCUGCAUCGAUCGUAAGUCAAACGCAUGCAAUCUUUCAACAAGCGGGCAUCAAAAAUCUACACGUGCAAAUCGAUUAUGUAUGAAUGAGGAUGCUAUAGAGAAAAUUUUGAAAAUUAUUGAAAAUUAUUUGUACAAAAAUAUUUACAACAAUCAUUUUGGAUGACAUAUAUGACCUUAGCACACACACACACACACACACACACACACCACACUCAUACAUAUAAAAAAUUUCCAUGAACAAUUCUAACGAUAAUUUCUUUUGUAAUGUUUGUUAUAUAUGGAUUUUUUUCUA